GCUGUUUAUUUUCUCACUAUUCGCGUUGACUCAAAAUUGCUUAAUUAUAGAUAAUAUCUAAUAUUAACCUCCUAUUUAUAACUUGUACCGGAAUGAAAUUUAAUACGUAAUUAUUAAGCGGGAUAAGUAUAAUUUAUUUACCUACUUAAAUUGGCUCACUGCAAAAACUACGGUGAACCAACUCUACAUUAAGUAGAUCUUAAUAUGAUCAGUCAAAUGAUGUAAUUUGUAAUGAGAAUAUCAAAACAUUUACAUUCUAAUCCAAACAUUGUCUAACAGAACAUUCAACCGUACGACUCUGUCUGAGAAAAUUUAAUGUACGAAUCCAAAACAUUGGUUUCAACGUAAACUGUUCACAUUGUCUGCCUUUAAAAUGGUGUAACAUCGUUCCCACAGUCCAGAUGCAAAAUGGCGGUCAUAGAGAAUCAUCAUUUAUUCCUGACCUUAUUGGUCUUUUCUAUAUCUAUUGUUUAUGGUCUAAAACCAGAGACAAUCCUCCGACAUAACGAAAUGUGCAAGAAGUUCGCCGUCGAUCCAUAUUUCGAGACAGAAAUGGUCGUGGGCAAACCCUGGCGGAUCUACUAUACGUGGAACAUGAAGCUGGAGAAUAAGUGCCUGGAUAUGGUCUUCAAGAAUGCUACUCCAAGGAUCAUCCAGCGCAUCUGGAACGACAUGUACGAGUACUUGGAGCAGCAGCCAGCAUGGGACGCCGCGACCUUGCACGCCACCAUGGGGCGAGCGCGCCAUGAGAUCCUGAUGUUUGCGGAGCAGGGCCCUGCUGGAAGCUUCACAGCUGUGCCUAAUGUCAUACGAGAUGGCAACAUAUCACCCACCAGGUCAGCAGUGCCGCUCCUCAAAUUCCAGCUCAAACUCGUCCGCAACGGCAAGUUCCUGAUCAUGAUGGACUGUCAAAUGGGAGUGUCAUCGCUGUCAGCGCGUUCUGACCAUCCGCCGUACCGUUCUGAGAUCCUGGCUGCCACUGCGCAUCUAGAUCUUGGAGACGGCUUCCCAUCCUGCGUCAGCGAUAAGAACAAGGACGAACGGUUUUUGGUGAAAUAAAUGUGAUAUGAGCGGAG